GAUGUCGAAAUACCCAGACAGCUUUGACUGAGUGUAGCGGAUCACUGUGUUGAACGUCGAUUCAGACACAAAAUAAAACAAAAUGGCGCAACGGGGCUUAUCGAAAAAGCAUCGCGACUUUGUCAGCGAGCCAAUCGGGGAUAAGCACGUGACAGAAUUGGCGGGAGUUGGUGCAGUAAUUGGGCGCCGUAUGGAAAAGGCAGGCGUAAGUAAGGCCUCUAUGGUUCUUGGACACUACUUGGCAGAGCGCGAGGAUCCGCAUCGGUUUCAACAGUGGAUGAAAGAAAAUUAUCAUGCAAGUUCAAAGCAAUCUGAGGACUGUUACAAUUGCCUCAAGGAUUGGACCGCGUCUCAUGUUAAAUAACUCCUUAUUUAGUA